AGACGUGAUAAUGUCUAAGCUUGAUAGACGAAGAAAAGGUGUAUUUGGUCCAGCGAUGGGGAAGAAAUGUCUAGUUUUUAUUGAUGAUUUAAACCUACCCCAGCAGGAUCAGAGUCAAACUAUAACUCCUAUAGAACUUCUCAGGCAAUGGAUUGAUCAUGGAUUUUAUAUGUUUUCAUGUUCAGGCAAUGGAUUCAUCAUGGAUUUUAUAUGUUUGCCUGUUCAG